GCCAACCUCACCACCAUGUCUGACAAGCGGCUGCAAAUCCAGAACCCCUUGUACCCGGUGACGGAGAACUCCUACAGCGCUUACGCCGUGAUGUUCCUGUCCCUCAUCGUCUUCGCGGUGGGCAUCAUCGGAAACCUCUCCGUGAUGUGCAUCGUGUGGCACAACUACUACAUGAAGAGCGCUUGGAACUCCAUCCUGGCCAGCCUGGCUUUCUGGGACUUCCUCAUCCUCUUCUUCUGCCUGCCUGUCGUCAUCUUCAACGAGAUCACCAAGAAGAGGCUGCUGGGGGACGUGUCCUGUCGCAUUGUGCCCUUCAUGGAGGUAUCGUCGCUGGGAGUCACCACCUUCAGCCUCUGCGCCCUGGGCAUCGACAGGUUCCACGCGGCCACCAGCCCCCAGGCCAGCGCCCGGCCCAUCGAGCAGUGCCAGUCCAUCAUCGCCAAGCUGGCUGUCAUCUGGGUGGGCUCAAUGACGCUGUCGGUGCCAGAGAUCUUGCUCUGGCAGCUGACACAGGACACGUCACCCGUGUCUGGCGUGGUGACAGAGUACUGCACCAUGAAGCCCUCGUCCAACCUGCCCGAGUCUGUCUACUCGCUGGUGCUCACCUACCAGAACGCUCGGAUGUGGUGGUACUUUGGUUGCUACUUCUGCUUGCCCAUCCUCUUCACCGUGAGCUGCCAGCUGGUGACCCGCAGGAUCCGCGGCACCGAGAAGAAGAGCGAGUGCCGAGGGACCAAGCACAGCCAGUGCGAGAGUCACUUGAACUGCACCAUCAUCGGGCUGACCGUCAUCUACGGGCUCUGCACCACCCCCGAGAAUGUCUGCAACAUCGUGGUGGCCUACAUGUCCCCUGACAUGUCCAAGCAGACCCUGGACCUGCUCAACCUCAUCAACCAGUUCUUCCUGUUCUUCAAGUGCUCGGUGACGCCCGUCCUGCUCCUGUGCCUAUGCAGACCCCUGGGCCAGGCCUUCAUGGACUGCUGCUGCUGCUUGUGC